AGGAUACCACUUUUGUAAAUACUCUGAUAGAAAUACUCAAAUGGCAGGAAAGUUCGUUCGAAAUUUAGCUGAGAUGAUAGCCCGUAGGCUUCCCGAAUACGGUUAUCUUGUUUCUAAAAAUUCGUUUAUUAAGCGUUCGUUGAAGGAGGACUGCAUUCAUUAUCAAGAUCCUGUUGGUUGUUUUCAACUUGCUGUUUUGUCGCCUCUUAGAAACCUGACUAAUAAACCGAGAGAAAACUGGUUUGUAGUCGUAGACGCCUUGGAUGAAUGUAUUACACAAGGUGAAACAAGACACAGUAUUGUCUAUCUGCUAAACAACAACAUUCACCUGUUUCCGCCGUGGUUCAAGGUCAUUGUGACUUUGCGAAAUGAAUCUGAAGCUUUUCUCCGUUCAAGUAAAGUGAAAACGAUAGUUAUUGAUCCUGAAGACUCGAGAAACCAUAAAGACCUUGAAAUCUUUGUGACGAGAAGACUUGAAGCUCCUUCGUUGCAUCGUUUAACACGGAAGUUGACAACCAAGUUUUUGAGUAAAAGUCAAGGGAACUUUCUGUUCGUGAAUGAGUUGCUUAAUGAUUGGGAGCAUACAACAACAGAAUUAGGGAACGUGUUCGACUUACCGAAGACGCAUGGAGAUCUUUUUUACACCUACUUCAAGAGGCUAUAUCCGAGUAAAGAGAGUUUUAAGCCUGUUCGGUAUAUUUUGGAGUUAUUAGUUUCGACAUUUGAACCAUUGACACCCAACCAAAUCUUCGAAUUGCUCAAAACGGGAGAGAAUAGCCUAGAUGAAUACGAUUUUAAGAAUAGAUUAAAGGGGCUUAGUCACUUUCUACGAUAUGGAGAAGACAAUACUCUAACACUAUAUCACUUGUCUCUAACAGAGUGGCUCACCAGUAAAGAGAACGAGGAUUUUUUUGUGAGUAAAAGGAAAGGACACGAAACAUUCUGUGAGUACUACAUCGGCCUGAUUAGGGAAACAGAGGAAAGUAAGCUGUCGGAAUACGUUCUAAAUUUAGCGCAACACAUUGCCUUAAGUGGUAUGAAAAUGGCCUUUGUUCAAGAAUUUAUCAAUCUCCCUUCACAGACAGUCAAUGCGUCAGAUCUUCAAAACAAUAGAACUCUCCUUCAUCGUGCAGCAACCAUAAACAACAGUGAUGCACUAGAACUUGUUUUAAGGCAUUUCAGUUGUAUCGAUUGUGCUGAUGAUCGCGGAAUUACACCCGCGUUUUUGGCAGCAGAGUAUGGGCUUGUGGACAAUCUUGCUUUGUUGGUCGAGAAAGGAGCCGAAAUUAACCGAAAAACAAAGACGAUGGUUGAAUUUAACAAAGGGAAGAUAAUACAAGCCUUACAACAAGCCAUUAAUAAUGAAUCAGAUAUAUCGGCUGCGAAUCGUGUAAUAGACAUGUCUCUCCAUCAGUCUAAAUCAAAAGUGUUUGAUUCAUCGCUGCUUUACGCAGCAGCCAAAGGAGGGCAUACAAGCGUUGUUCGUUUUCUUUUAAAGAACAAUGCUAACAUUUCCAUGUUGAAUAGUGGGCAUCUAACUGCUAUCCAAAUAGCCGCUGAAAACGGACACGUUGAGGUUGUUAAAACCCUUUAUGGGGCAGGCGCAGUUGCAGAUAAAUCCUCUCUGUAUCGUGCAGCUGCAGACAAUAGGUUAGAAGUGGUGAAUUUCCUGUUGAACAUCGGUGUCAAAGAUGAUUGUCGAAGCAUUAACUGUUUUAAAGCAGAACAACGCAUCUUUUUGGGCUUACCAUCACCAGCCUCCGUAGCAAGCGUUUCCGUGAGGUUUGGCGAAAAUGAUAUAGGUCCCGGCUCAAAUCAACGUGAUUGUGCCCUUGAGGCAGCUGUUGCUUCAGGCCACGAUGAGGUUGUUAAAAGUCUCCUUUCUAAAGAACAUAAUGCCCGUAUUUGCUCUGGUUAUUUAGGAAGAGCUCUACUUGGUGAAGUCAGCCAGGAGAAUAACCGUGAAUAUGUUGAUAUAACCCUUGGACGAAGACCGCUUGUUACUUUCAUUCAUCCCAACGGUAAAGAAAAUGUAUAUAUACCUUCCCUCGAUUUUACAGAAUCUGGCAUCAUCGAAUGUAGAAAGCCUUUAAAUUAUUCAGUCUUUCAUCUACUGAGUUAUCUCUCUCCAACUUUUGAACACAACAACACUUUCUACAUAUGUCCGAGAUGCCGUAGACUUGAUGCGCACUCAGCAUUGUGUAAAGAGUCAAAGGGUCCCCUUGCUAAGAGUAUUGAACAAUACCCAAAGAAAGAAUGGGUAAUAAGCUCCUGUUUUGACGCUGAGGGAUUUGCACCGCUACACAGAGCAGCACAAGGAACCAAUCUGGUAGCAAUUCGUUAUUUUCUUGCGAAUGGUGUAGAUACUUCUAUUUUAAGUCAAAAUGGACAUGACGCGUUGACACUUGCAGUUCUUCAUGCAGGGAGGAGGCGAUUGUGGGAAUGUGAGGGUCGAGUUGCAGCCGAUGUAGAUUAUCAACAUCUGAUACGGGCCGAACAAGCGGCUAUUACGCUUCUGCGCCACGCAGUGAAUGGUGGAUUCAAGGUCAGGUGCAACUCCAGCAAACCAGACCUGACUUUAUAUCAUUUAGCAGCAUCUCGUGGAUUAGUGAAGUUUAUAGAAACGUUGUUUAACGAAAACGAUUUGCACCAGUUGGAUGUUGAUUGCGCCAAUGCGGAUGGGAUAACGCCCAUAUACCUUGCAAAUCUUUUCCAACAGAGAGUACAAGACGGCCUUGACAAUCCUUGGAAAAAAGUCAUUCAGAUAAUCAAACAACAUGGAGGUGAGAUGCGAUACCCUAGACAGGAAGCUGAGUACAAUUUAAUUUAUAACGGCGUGUACGGCUGGAUUCCAUACGAGUUUACAUUAGAUCUCAGACCUGACAUAAAACAUUUCAUUACGUCGCUUCUGAUGUCGUAUGAAAAAAGUGAGAACAAAUCAUUUCGUUGCUCUUUCGGUCGUAACCUGGAUUUAGCUCGUGAAAACUACUAUCACGAUUGGCUCGUGACAUGGCUUUGGAGAAAAAUCAAUGAUACAGUUGGACCUGUUAUUAAGCAUUCAGAGGAAGAUAUGUCGACCUCGAAAAGAGGCACGAGACCCCAUUCACCAAGGGAAAGAGAACAGUUUCGAAGAGACAUGAGACGGUGUUCGUUGCACGUGAGGCAGUUUCGUCGAUAUCUUUCUAGAAUUUUGUUGCAUAAACAAGCCUAUCCAAAAAAUAUUCUGAAGAACGAUUACUGGGAAACUUUCAGCAAGGCACGAGGUAACUACUGGUUUCAAAGAGAACUUCAAAUUCUAAUGAAUAUGCGACAUACGGAGGUCUUCCGAGCCUUUGCUUGUUUAAAAUCGCUGUCUUCCAGACUUAAACCAGUUUAUCAUUUAGAUGCAAGAUCGGUUACAUACAGUGUUCGGCAGUAUGAGAAAAACCCACCUGUUGACAAUUACCUUAAUUCAAUUUGCGAUAGCCUACAGUAC